AUGGCAGCAAAUUACUACGACUUGCUGGGAGUGGCCCGAGACGCCAGCGAUAAGGAUAUUCGGCAGGCCUACCGCAAACUGGCCCGCCAGUAUCAUCCGGACGUCAACCCCGGCGACCCCAGCGCCGAAGAAAAAUUCAAACAAAUUAACGAGGCCCACGGAGUUAUAUCUGACGCGGACAAGCGAAGCAAGUACGACAAGUACGGCGACCGCUGGAUGCACGCCGACGAACUGGAACAGUCCGAAGCACGGGCCCGCAGCAGAGGCCGGGGCGGUUUCAACUUCUAUACCGGCGGAGACUUCGACGCCCACCGCGGCUCCACAUUCGAUUACGGUAGCUAUGGUUCCGGAGACCUGUUUGACAACUUGUUCACUAACUUCGGUUCGGAGCGUUCUUCCUACCGCCAGCCGGCCGCCGAAUAUCCGGCGGAGGUCACCCUGUCCGAGGCAGCUGAAGGGGCUACCCGCAUGGUGAACCUGCCCGAUGGACGCCGCCUGGAAGUCAAAAUUCCGGCUGGCGUGGACACAGGUUCCCGGGUCCAUAUUCCGGCGGGCUCGGGUGGGGACGGGGAUUUCUACUUGGCCGUAACCGUAAUGCCCCACCCCCGUUUCGAGCGCAAAGGCAAAGACCUUUACUCAGAGUUGGAAGUUCCAGUGGAAGACCUAGUUCUGGGGUCCGAAGUAACUGUUCCAACCCUGAAAGGCAAGCUGGCUUUAACCAUACCCCCUGGCACCCAGAACGGGCGCCGCUUCCGCAUGGCCGGUCAGGGACUGCCGGAACUCCACAAGUCUGGCAGCAUGGGCAGCCUCUAUGCCACCGUCAAGGCGCUGCUGCCUAGCAACCCGGGGCUGGAAGAGGAGGAACUCUACCGCAAGCUCAAGGAAUUGCGGAACAACUAG